AUGUACAUUCGUCCAAUCCACGCAGAGACACACACCCCAACCCUGCAAGCCUUUAUCCGGGACCACCCGCUCGGGAUUUUAAUCACGGCCCUCCCCGACUCGGGCAUCCAGCUCACGCACAUCCCAUGGGUUCUGCAGGAGACGUCUGAGACGGAGCUCGGUGUGCUGCGCGGUCAUAUGGCGCGAUCCAACCCGCAAGCCAAGACGCUCUCGACAGCGGCCGGUGCAUCGGGCGGCGUGGUCGAAUCCGAGGCCACGGUGCUCUUCAACGGACCUCCCGGCCACUACGUCACGGCGAGCUUCUACACGGCCACCAAGCCGGCGACGGGCAAAGUGGUGCCGACUUGGAACUACAGCGCCGUCAGGGGCUACGGCAGGGUGCGCGUGUUUUACGACCACGCCGACGCGCGGACCGGCGACUUCCUGCAGGCGCAGGUCGAGGCGUUGACGGGCCACUGUGAGGGCCACCUGAUGGGCUACGAGGAUGGGAAGCAGUGGCGGGUAGGGGAUGCGCCCGAGAGGUACAUUGACGUGAUGAAGAAGAACAUCGUCGGGGUGGAGGUCGUGCUGGAUAGGUUGGAGGGCAAGGUCAAGAUGAGUCAGGAGAUGGGACUCGAGGACCGAAUGGGGGUGGUUGAGGGGUUCAGGGCGUUGGGGACCGACUUGGGGAAGGAAGUUGCGGAUCUGGUCGAGGUGAAGAGUUUGGAGAGGGAGCGUGCGAGCGAGAAAGGGAAGGUGGACAAAGAAUAA